GUGUGUGUGUGUGUAUGUGUAGGUAAUAGCCGUGGUGAUGGAUGUGUUUACAGACGUGGAUAUCUUUCGUGACCUGCUUGAUGCUGCAUAUAAACGCAAAGUUCCUGUAUACAUAAUCAUUGACAUGGCUGCAGUCCCCUGCUUUCUUUCCAUGUGUGGCAGAGCUGAUAUGCACCGUGGACAUCUAAAGAAUCUGCGUGUGCGCUGCUGCGGAGGUGUGGAGUUCUUCACCCGGUCGGCACAGAGGGUGCGUGGGUCGCUGAGCCAGAAGUUUCUCCUGGUCGAUGGAGACAGAGCCGUCUCUGGUUCAUACAGCUUCACCUGGUCGUCCUCUCGUUUGGACCGUAACCUCAUCACUGUGAUCACAGGACAGGCGGUGGAGACGUUGGACCUACAGUUUCGUGACCUUUACCUCAUGUCCAGAGGGGUGUCUCUUAGCAAGGUUCCCAUGGUGGACGAACCAGUCCCCGACCCGCUGCCCCAGGCGGCUCCUACUCCUGUGUCAGCUGCUAUUGCUAGGAAGCUCAUCAAUCCCAAAUACUCCCUGGUUACCACGGGAGCCCACAGUCCAGCCCCCUCUGACCAGAAUUCCAACCCUCAAAACCCCACAGGGCUAAAAAUAAUGACAGGGCGUCCUAAGAAAGUAAUGGAAGAACCGCCCCUACACCCAGGAUUAGCCUAUCUGGAGAAAGCAUACCUGAUUCCUUACCUGCCCACCUGGCCAGAGCCUGACCCACCAAGCGACGUGAUAGGCUUUAUCAAUAUCAGGGAUGAAAAGCGGGCCAAUCAGGUUCACCUACAGAGGUCAGAGAGGUUUGAGGUCAGCCAGGCUAUACGCUUCAAAGCACCGCUGACGCUGCCACCCAAGUCUGAGGAACCUGCACCGGGUCAUGAUGCAAACAUGGCAGAAGGAACCAAAAAGCCCUCUGGGAAUACAAGUCCAGAAGCCACUUCUCCUGUGACCACAACCAGCAAACAGGUCAAAGAGAAAACAAAUGCUUCUCAGAACCAAGCCCAAACCGAUACAACAGAUUCCAGUGUGGCCCCUCAGCAGCCCCGCACACAGGACAAACACAACCUAAAUCAACACACUGCUGAAUCACCAUCUGGUAUCACUGCUGAUCCACAAACAACACAUGACGCUAAACAAACUCCAGACACACAAACCCCAGCACCUCCUGUUCCUAAACGCCGCACACUGCAGCUGGUCCUUGACCCAACCCCUUCAGACCAGCCCGGCCAACCGCAGGUGACUCUCGUUAAAAUGGACCAACUGGAAAGUCAAGAUGACUCUUUGAGCGAACAGAGAACCCAGCCGCAGCUGACGUUAGGCCGUGGCCGCAUGACAUCUAAGGACAACGACAGGGACUCCGGCAGCAAUGACGAGGGCAGCCAAGACAGCACCAAGGUCAUCUGUGACCGAGCGGCCAACGAUGAUCCUUCAAGUGCCUCCACUGUGUCGGAGGAGGAGUUUUACGAUAUCCAGCAGGAGCCAAUUGACCCACUGACGAGCAGAACUUCCACAGGUUCAGGUCGCGGACAUCGGUACGGAGAUGGGGUCAACAUGAUGGCCCGCCUCUCCCAGAGUAUGCUGGACCUUCGAGAGCCCAGCCAAUCAGAGGACAGCGCUGCCCUCAUCCGCCAGUCCCAGCAGCUCCGCAGACAUGGUCACCCCUCACCACACAGGCACAUUGGAGAAUUGUUCCAGACCUCUAGAUCUCCAGGUAGAGAUGCACGACUGCGAGGCAACAAAGUCGUCAUCGCCAAACCGGGAAGUUACCACCGCCCUACCCGAGCAGCUGGCCCUGUGAUAGGAGGACACCAAUACUGGAAGGGUCAAGGGCUGCAAACCAGUUCGACCCGGCCGCACGCAGAGAUUCGGUCCAGCCGGUCGCCACGACGCCACAGCCCGGGUUACAGGAAGACGGACAACACCUCGGCACAGCAGCCAACCAGCCCAUCAGGGCUACUUGGAGUUUCUUUCUCAAAACUGACCAAUUUUAGACACUUGAGGGCACGAGGAGGAGGGUCGCAGAAGAAAGCGACUCAUAAUAAACAGGCUGCUAGCUAGAACAGAGGACCUGUGGACGCACGGACGUUUGUUUAUAAAGACUUCCUGCUACGAAACUGGUGACUGUUCACUGUGGAAUCCUUUCUAUCUCAGGCAUGCAUGUCACUUCCUGUUUUAAACCCUAAGGCUCAGCUUACACCAACUAUUUAAUUAUGAAGUGAUAUGAAUCUGAUAUGAUGAUGUGUUGUUAGAGGCUUUGUCUGUAAAUGAAUUGUUUGUCCUUCCAAACUUUUUCCUCCUGGUUAAAGUUUCAGACUGGAUGCUUUCAGUAGCGUUACUGAUCUGAGAGCAACACUUUUUAUCUUGCAUCUGUCAUAAUUAGUAAACAAGUGAUUCAGUCAUCUUGUUUCUAAGCCCCUGUUCAGACCUGAUAUAAACGUCUGUCCUGAGAGAUCCAAUCACAAUGAGACAGUGUUGAGUCCAUUGUGAUUUGACUUCCCUGCUCUAUAUGCAAAUAAUCAUGUAAGUCAUUUGUAUUUGUGAAGACAAAGUGAUGUGUUGUUUUUACACAGUCUGAGUUUAGAGACGUGUCCAAUGUGUGUCUGUGUGUCGGCACGAGCGAGCGGGACGCAGAGACGAGUCAGGAGGGGCUGAGUGAAUCUUGUGCAGCUGCUGUGCAGAAUUAUUUUUAUCAGUUUAAGAAUUAAGAAAAAGAUUGUGAUGUGGCGAUCAGUGUUGAUAUUGUGACGUCAGCUGAGUAUUUGGUUCUUCACAAGUGACGCUUUUGCAUUCCAACAGCAAAAAUGAUGCGUCUCGGACCAGCUCCCAAUAUGGUCCGAGCGAUCGGAUCUCAGGACACGUUACAGUGCGUCCGGGCCUGGACUCCGAUCUUUCAGGUCAGAUGUUGAUGCCAGGUCUGAACACAGUUUAAGAUUGAACAGAAGCAGAGGUAUUUAGUAGUUGAUAAACAACAACAUACUAGAUUUGAUCAAAUAAAGCACUUCAGUCUUGUAAUGAAUCCUUUGAACACUUCCAGUUUAAAUCAGCUUCUGUUUUUUAGAAUUUCAUUCCGUAAUAUUUUUCUAUAUUAAACACACACAGAUGUGACAAUCAGCUGAAGAUGUUUUCCCGCUGAUAUACGCGUCAGGCUCUGGGUGUUGAUACCACUGUGGUAACUGAUGGUGCGAGGGUUAAGCCACCGUGUUGCUUGCUUUGCGGGUGAGGCAGAUGUUGUUGAUUACAGAUGUGGAGACCAGGUGUAUUCGAUGUUUAACACUGAUGUGACUAAAAGUGAAUGUUGUAAAUAAAAAGUCAGACUGUU